CAUCUUAAUUCCUUUAUAGCUUUAUUUGUAGUCUUUCUUCACUCCGUUAUGCAUAUUUUGUUAAUUGAUAUAUUUGCAAUUCAAUAUGAUUCAAUAUAAAAAUUUUUUACUUAUUUUGAUUUUUGCUAUCAAAAAAUGUGAAGGCAAUCCAAAAAUUUCAUGGGAUUCAAGCAUUAUAAAUAAAAAUUUAGAUAAAAUGAUACUUGAAAAAGAAUCUUCUGUGAUGUGUGAUAACGAAGAAAUUGUAAAUUUGGAAGGAUUUGAAUUAAAAAAUAUACCAAUGAAUUUAGUGAAAAGUAAAACGAUAGAAGGAAUUUCAUUAAAAAAUAAUAAAAUAAGUGAAGUCCCAAGUAAUAUAUUCCAUGAAACUCCAAAUUUAAAGUGUUUAAAUCUUGCACAAAAUAAAAUUUUAUUUAAAUACUUUCAAUUGGAACAUGAUCGUUUAAAAAAAUUAAUUCUUGAUUAUCAAACUGAAACAGAACCGAACGAAAUAUUAUCGAUUCCUCAAAAAAAUGUAAGCAAAAUAAAAUUUCCAAAUUUGGAAACAUUAUCUUGGAAAUACAUUAAAUACGAUAUUUUUAGUUCGACGUUAUUUCCAAUGAUAAAGAAUAUUUAUUUAUCUGAUUCUAAUUUGAUAUAUGUAGCAAGUAAUAUAACUCAUCUUUUUCCGUAUUUAAAAAAUAUUCAUUUAGAAAAUAACAUGAUUCAAGAAUUAAUUGCAGACGAUUUUCGAAAUGUAGAAUCUUUAUAUUUGGAUAAAAAUCCUCUCAGAAAUCUAUGGUUUAAUGCAAAAUAUACAAAUUUAAAAAUUCUUUCAUUAUCAAAUUCUUUGCAUAAUAUAGAUAUUACGGAAAUAAAUAUUCCAUCAUUAAAAACGUUAGAUUUAUCACAAAAUCAAAUUAGUUUUAUACAUGAACAAAUGUUCAAAAAUAUACCAUUUUUAGAAGAUUUAAUUUUAAGUGAAAAUAAAUUAUUAAAAUUUCCAAAUUUAUUUUAUUUAAGUAAUUUGAAAACAUUAUCAUUAGCUUACAAUUUAAUUAGCGAAAUAAAAAAUAUAAAUCAGUUAAAUUCUUUAAAAAUAUUAAAUUUACAAGGAAAUCAGAUAAAUAAUAUCGACAAAAUGGCAUUUUUAAUGCUUACAGAAUUAGAGUUUUUAGAUUUAUCAGAAAACAAAUUACAAUUAUUACCAUUAGAUUGGCAUGAUAAUUUAUCAAAGUUAAAAUAUCUCAAUUUAGAAUCAAAUUUUUUUGUAAAUAUACAAGAUAUGAAACUCAAUACAUUAAUUAAUUUGCGACAACUUUACAUAAAAAAUAAUUAUAUUGUAUCUAUAGAUUUAAAUACUUUACAAAUUUUACCACAGAAAUGUACCAUAUAUGUGAUUUAAGUAUUUAAUUGUUUAUUUGACAGUAUUAUAAUUAAUAUAAUAAAAUAUUGUAUAAUUCAUGUAAUUACAAUUAUUGCAUUUAUUAUAACAUGUGACAAUAAAUAUAAUAAAUAAUAAAUAAUAAAUAUAA